UGGUCCAUCGCCACACAUCACUUCCAGUCUUCAUCAACGUUCGCGUUAGUGACAACCAGUUUUCCCCCCGAAAGUCAAAAAUCAAAAAAAUCUUUCAUCAUCAAAAUGAAAAUGACAGAAGAAAAACAAUAAACAAAAUCAAAAAUCUCUCAUAGAGAAAGAUAACAGAAAUUGAUAUCACAAGAAAAAAGAAGAACAAAAAUCAAAGAUCAAAGAUCUCAUAAAAGAAGAGUGUAAUUGCAAUGAAAUUUCCUUGAUGAAUAAAUCAUAUUUCCUCUGGCAUUAAAUAAAUUAGUUCAAAUUAAGGUAGUAGUAGUAGCAAUAGUCGGAUGAGUGGAUCAAAUUGGAAUUUAAACGAUUGUGGUGGAGAAAAAUUAUCAUCAACAUUUGAACAUAAUUCGGUGACUUAAUUCGUCGACCUGGCUGAUCGUCGUUUUACAAUAGGGCCUAGGAGAAAAAAAUGCAGCGUUACCUGACGCUUGUGAUUCUUCUCAUUGGCCUGGCCUACAUUGAUGGUGGAUGGCCAGCGAUGAGUAAUCCAUUAAAAAAUGUUUGGUCCACCUUUUAUCCAGAUUCAAAUUCAGACGAUAGUGAAUGCUCCGGUUGUGCACAAAAUAAAAUUUCCAUUAUUGAAUAUGAUCCAAUUCUUACUGAAUUAAGAGUUGAAUAUGUGAAGCAACAGAUUCUCAAAAAAUUGAGACUAUCAAAGCCACCAGAAGUGUCGCUGUCCCUAUCGACCUUGCCGAAGCCACUGAUAAACGGACACGUGCUUGAACUACGACCUGGCGAGCCACUUGAACCAGAAAAACCGGCAGAGAGCUUUUAUGGAAAAACUGAUCAAGUUGUUGUCUUUCCAAAUGAAGGUGAGGCAGACUCAAUCAAAUGUCGACACACAUCAAAUCAUGUGACAGGGUUCAACCCAGCAGCUUGUUUUAGCUUUUAUUUACCAAAUGAAAUGCAAUUCGUCAGUGUCACGUCAGCUGAGCUAUGGUUUUAUAAAGAACAGGAUGCUAACGACAACUUCAAUCAAACUUUCGUUCUUUCUGAAUUGGACCAUUGGGAUCAUGGUGGUAGUUUCGAAAAAAACACCAUAAUGGCCAUUUUGGAAACUAGUAUUGAAGAGGGCUGGGUGAAAACUGACCUCAGUUUCAUAGUGAGGAAAUGGGUGGAAAGAAAGCGGUUGAAUCAUGCGAUUCAAAUAGAAUGUAGUACGUGCGAAAUGGAGAGAAAUGUAGCUCCCGUAUCUAUUGAACAGACUUUAAAACCCUUCCUCGUCAUUCAUACAUCACCCCUACCGCAAAAAAAUCGACCAAAAAGAAACACGAAUUGUCUACCGGAAAUGAAAGAAUGUUGCCGAGAUGAAUUGUACAUUAGUUUUGAAGAUAUUGGAUGGAGUGAUUGGAUUCUUCAUCCAAGUGGAUAUCACGCUUAUUUUUGUCGUGGUUCCUGCUCAUCAGCAGCAUCCCUCACUGUCAGUGGAACACCUUACAACAAUGUCAUCAGAAAAUUGUUGACAAGGUUCAGCGUAUUGCAGAGAAAAAACGAAAUAGUCCCCUGUUGUUCGCCAACUCAACUAUCGCCCAUUCAAUUAUUAUAUAUUGACUCAAAUAAAACCAUAACGCAAAAAACAUUACCCAAUAUGGUAGUGGAGGCAUGUGGAUGUAUGUAAAUCAUUAACGCGUUUAAAUUAUUAUUUUAUCAAAAAAAAAAAAAAAAAAAAAAAAAAAGUUCAUAACGAAUUAAAUGAACGUAAAAAGUUCUCCCAGUUAAUUAAUGGGAAUAUGUCGAUGAAUAAACACAAAAUCGUAUCGAGUCGUCAUAUCGCACAAAUUUCAUUUUUUUUAUUUUAAAGAAAAGAAGAAAAAAAUUUUAUCCUACCUAUACAAAAUAAAAUAUAACGAAACAAUUUCAUAUAUAUUUCUACCAAGAAGAAAAUAAAAGGUGCGAAAUGAUGCCUCAAACCGAAGCAGUAUUUUCUUAGGAAUUACUCAGUUCUUUAUAAUGUGUGCGUGAAUAUAUACUCAUUAUUAAUUUCUUAUUUAAUUUAUGACCUGCGGCUCACAAAAUCUGAGAAUUCUCAAAAAAAAAAAAUAUUUAUUUUAUGAAACAAACACUAAUUAUAUUGUUUAUUAAAAAUAUAUAUAUAUUGUUUUCACCUGGAAACUUAAACGACGUAUAUAUAAAUACUUUGAAUCAAUUA